ACACGUCAAUGACAGGCAGAGCAGGCUGCUGUAGACGUCCAGAAGCACGGUCACCGCAUUCAUCUCUCACGUCUCCUACCGCAGUCUGCAGCCACCAUGUCUCUCCAGUUUGAGCUGUGCCCCGGCCGUAUGGUGGGAGGCGAUCACCCAUGCUUCAUCAUCGCUGAGAUUGGGCAGAAUCACCAGGGAGACCUAGAGAUCGCCAAGAAGAUGAUCCGCAUGGUUAAGGAUUGCGGUGCUGACUGUGCAAAGUUCCAGAAGAGUGAGCUUGAACACAAAUUUAAUAAAAAAGCUUUAGAACGACCAUACACCUCACCAAAUUCUUGGGGAAAAACAUAUGGGGAACACAAGCGCCAUCUGGAGUUCAGUCAUGAUCAGUACCGGGAGCUGCAGAAGUAUGCACAGGAAAUAGGCAUUUACUUCACAGCCUCAGGAAUGGACGAGAUGGCAGUAGAGUUUCUAGAUGAACUUGGGGUUCCAUUCUUUAAAGUUGGUUCAGGAGACACAAAUAAUCUCAUCUACAUAAAAAAGACUGCCCAGAAAGGUCGGCCCAUGAUUAUAUCAAGUGGCAUGCAGUCGAUGGAGACCAUGCGUCGUGUUUACGAGAUUGUGAAACCAAUUAAUCCAAACUUUUGUAUUCUUCAGUGCACUAGUGCAUAUCCCCUUCUUCCAGAAGAUGUUAACCUACGUGUUAUAGAGGCAUAUAAGUCUGCCUUUCCAGACAUUCCAAUCGGUUACUCCGGCCAUGAAACUGGCAUUGCUAUUACUGUUGCAGCUGUAGCACUGGGAGCCAAAGUGGUGGAGCGCCAUGUGACCCUGGACAAGACUUGGAAAGGAACUGACCAUCCAGCCUCCCUUGAACCAAAAGAACUAGCUGAGCUAGUCACCUCUAUAAGGCUAGUAGAGAAGGCAAUGGGAUCUCCAGAAAAACGUCUACUGCCUUGUGAAAUGUCUUGUCUCAAUAAGCUUGGUAAAUCCGUAGUGGCAAAAACUAAAAUCCCUGCCGGCACUGUGAUCACUCUCAACAUGUUGACGGUGAAGGUGGCCGAGCCACGUGGCUUCCCUCCUGAGGAGAUCUUUGACCUUGAAGGCAAGACAGUUAAGACAGACAUCGAGGAGGACGAAUCUGUCACAGAAGAAGCAAUAGAGAACUACAACACGAGAACGAAAUGUUAAUAGAAUGUAAAGCCUGACCAUUAUCUACCGGUUUUUCUCCAAUCACCUUUUACCUUACCAAUACAUGUUCUAUGUAGAAGUCAAUUGCACAGGGUUUUGGAUCAUUUUUGUAACAAACUAUUCAGUGGCAUGUCAGAUCGAUUUGCUGUACUAGAUUUUGGCCAAGUCUAAAUGGGUGAAAGUGCCGUUGCUUGUAAGGCUGUGACAAACGCAUGGCAAUCACUGUUUUGUAAGAUUUUGAAAUUUGCAAAUCACAGCAUUUUGUGAAUGAUUCUAAUAGUUUGAUAUUUACUUUGAAAAAUAAAAAUAAAUCUAUUUAAAAAAAAUUGAUAAAUGGUGGCUCUGCUUCCUAGGAAAUUUGGCUCCCUGUGUUGUAAGGCUAUCGAUCCCAUCGUUCUUCCUUUAUGUAAUGCUUGCAUAGAUUCAUUGCACACAGAGCAUGAGUUUCCUCACCAAACAUCAACACUGGGCUUCAUGCAUCUGAAUUGAACCAUGAUCUUUUUUAAAGCAUGUUAACUAGAAUAUUUGGUUAGUUUCUUUUUCUAUAUAUUCUUUUCCUGGCAUGCCCUGGCACCUCCAGCCAUAACCCUUGGUUUAUGAAUUUGACUUUUAUUAGAAAGGAAUCCAUAAUGCACGAUUUGUCAUCCUGGGAUAAUGUCCUGUUAAAUGCAGUUUCUCCGAAUGUGUUUCGAAAAUAAGUUGAUUUUGUUGAAUGGUGUGUACUGGUUCAGACUGCUCAUUUUCAAUUUGUUAAUAAACUCUUGCACUUUGUUAACAGGAUACACUUUCUGAAUAAACAGUCCUUUACCAAAAGGAGUUUAUGAAGAUUA